GUGGCCCCUGGCGCCCCGGGGCAGGAUGAAGCUGUGCUGCCUCCUGCUGGUGACUUUAUGGCUGUGCAUGGCCACCCUCAGCAGCAGCUCAGAACGCUGUGAUGACUGGGGAGUGGACACCAUGAAACAAAUCCAGGUCUACGACAGGGAACCAGCUAGGAUCAAAUGCCCGCUCUUCGAGGCCUUCUUAAAAUACAACUACAGUACAGCCCAUUCGGCUGGCUUAACCCUGAUCUGGUACUGGAUUGGGCAGGACCAGGACAAGGAGGAGCCAAUCAACUUGCGUCUCCCAGACAAUCGGAUCAGUAAGGAAAAAGACACCCUUUGGUUCCGGCCUGCCCUUCUCAAUGACACUGGGAAUUAUACCUGCAUGCUCAGAAACACAACCUAUUGCAGCACGGUCGCGUUUCCCCUGGAGGUGGUUCAGAAAGACCAAGCUUCUUGCGUCAGCCAAUCAAUAAAACCCACCGAAGAGCUGUUCUAUUUGGAGCAUACUAACGAGAAGAUCAUUUGUCCGGAUAUUGAUGGCUUUUAUCCCCCCAGCGUAAAACCAACUGUCAACUGGUACAGGAACUGUGUGUUGGUGAAAGACUUCCACGACCGAUUUCCCAAUGGCCCAACACUCAACAUUGGCAUUGUCCGCGGUGCGUACGAAGGCAACUACACCUGCAUUGUGAGCUACACGGAGAACGGAAGGACCUACAACCUCACCAGAAGCAUAAGGAUGAAGGUAGUAGGGUCUCCAAACACGGCAAUGCCACCGCAGAUUCUCUCUCCAAAUGCGAAAAUAAUCUACGAACUCGAAGCAGGUGCCGAGCUGGUUCUGCCCUGCGAAGUUUACUUCACCUUUCUGAAGGACUCCCGAACGGAGCUUUGGUGGACGGUUGAUGGAAAAAAUACAGACGAUAUCACAGACCUGAAAAUAAAAGUCUCCGAAAGCGUCGUUACUGACAACCUUGGACACAAGCAGGUCACAAAGAUUCUGACCAUUCCCAAGGUCACAGCCAAGGACUUGAAGCGGAACUACACCUGUCAUGCCAGAAACACCAGAGGGGAGGUUCACCACGCGGCCCUGGUGAGAAUGAAAGUUCUAGCUCCAAGGUACACUGUGGAACUGGCCUGCGGACUAGGAUCCACCGUCUUGCUGGUGGUGAUCCUGAUCGUCGUCUACCACGUUUAUUGGCUCGAAAUGGUUCUCUUCUACCGGGCUCACUUUGGAACGGACGAAGCCAUUCUAGACGGGAAGGAGUAUGACAUUUACGUGUCCUAUGCCCGGAAUGCCGAGGAGGAGGAGUUCGUGCUGCUAACCCUGCGUGGAGUCCUGGAGAAUGAGUUUGGAUACAAGCUGUGUAUCUUCGACAGAGACAGCCUCCCCGGGGGAAAUACCACUGAGGCAGUUUUCGACUUCAUUCAGCGAAGCCGGAGGAUGAUCGUGGUGCUGAGCCCCGAUUACCUGACGGAGAAGAGCAUCAGCUUGUUGGAGUUCAAGCUGGGCAUCGUGUGCCAGAACGCCAUCUCCACCAAGCUCAUUGUGGUGGAGUACAGGCCGCUGCAGAUCACCCAUCCUGGCAUUCUCCAGCUGAAGGAGUCCGUCUCCUUUGUGACAUGGGACGGGGAUAAAUCCAAGCCAUCUGGCUCCAAGUUCUGGAAGGCCUUACGCUUCGCCCUGCCCCUGAGGAGCCUGAGCUCUGGCUCGGGUUGGAACGAGAGCUGCUCCUCACAGUCAGACAUCAGCCUGGAUCCCGUCCAGAGGAGGAGGAGCAGGUUGAAAGGCCAGAGGGAACUGCAGAGCUCCAGAACGGGCGCUGCUGCUCAGAGCGGGGCGGCCCCAGAACCCAGGCCAAAGACCAAGCACCAAGCCAAGGAGUUCAUGCCAUGUCAGUGUUGCGUGACGUACUGUGACCAUGGCGAUAAACUCAGGCAGAAGAGCCCAGCCGUGCCCAAGUCCAAAUGGGAGACUCACCUCUGCAAGCCGGUCUCGGGCGGAAACAGACUGGAGCCCCCGGCCGCACAGCUCUGCCAGUACACCGAUGUGUCCAACAACAAUGACGUCUGCGUUCUGUAG